AUCGAUUCAAAUUACAUGUUUCUAACAUUUUUAAACAUAAGAUUAUCAUUUUCAAGCUAAAUUUUUACAGAUGUUUUGCUAAUUAUUUAAAAUUUUAAUGUAAUUUUAAAACAGUUUAAUGAAUAAUUUACAAAAGGUCACUUUGUUACUAAGGCGAUCACUGAGCACUAGUUGUCAACUGUUUGGAAAAACCAGGAAAGAUGCUAAAACCAGAGAACUAUUGGACAGGGUUAUCAGGGUUGAUCAUGCCGGAGAGUUUGGGGCCGUCAGAAUAUAUGAAGGGCAAUUAGCUGUCUUAAAAAAGACUGAUGUGGCUGACACAAUUAAGGAAAUGAAAAAAGAAGAGGACCAACACUUGAGAGCUAUGAAUACACUAAUCCCCAAGCACAGAGUUCGGCCGACAGUUUUGCUCCCUCUGUGGAACGUCGCAGGAUUUUUUUUGGGGGCUUCCACAGCCCUGUUAGGCAAGAAUGCUGCAAUGGCGUGCACUGUUGCUGUUGAGACUGUCAUUGGUGAACAUUAUGACAAGCAGAUCAGGCACUUGAUGGCUGAUGGGGAGGAUGGUUUGGAGAAGCACAGGGAAUUACUUACCAUACUCAGCAAAUUUCGAGACGAUGAGCUUGAACAUUUAGAUACCGGUCUCAAGCACGACGCAGAAAAGGCUGUCCUCUACGAACCACUCUCAAACGUUAUAAAAGCCGGCUGCAAAGUUGCAAUAUGGCUGUCAGAAAGAAUUUAAUUACUAACAGUUAUUAUUAUUAUUUUAAUAUUUGUUAUUAUUAUAAUUAUUAUUAUUUAAUAUGAAUGAAUGUAUGAAAGGAUAAAUAAAUGAUUGAAUGAAUAAUAGAUGGAUAGAUGCUAACAAUAUUAAUUUUUUAUGUAAGCCGAUAUAUAUGUGUGUGUGCGUGCGUGUGUGUGUGUGUGUGUGUCUGAUAAAUCAUAAAUAAAUAAUACAUUUUUUCUCCAAAAUCCCAACUGAUGAAAAAUUUAAAAAUAACACGACAGUAACAGUUCUAAUGGUAAAAGUAUGGAGUGUUACAAAUUCAAUAGAAAAGUUGUUUGUAUAUGUGUGUGUGUGUGUGUGUGUGUGUGUGUGUGUGUGCAUAUUUAUCGUAAUGUGAUUAGGUUUCCCAAAAAAAAAA